AUGGUUUGGGCGGUAGAUGUUUGGAUGAUGAGGGAGGUUGUGCCCAACGUUGAUUCUGCUUACUGUCUUCAAAGCCGUGCUUUGACUUGUACCGUUGGUGAGAGUUUGCUAAAGAUCGUUGGGCAUGGACAUGACUUUGAUGCCAUUAAUGAAGGCGUAGGCUUUGAGAUGAGCGGUGGAGCUAGGUGUGAAGGUUAUGUUUAA